UUCAGUGCUGUCAACGCGUGACACCAUAAUCCAAAAUAACCUCUUCCUCUUCUAGGAACCGACUUCCUUUUAAUGUACACUCCCUCAGACAUAUGUGAAUUGUUAAUAAGAACGUAGUGACCAUCAUAAAGAUAGCUUUAAGUUAUUUUUAAAACGCUUUUUCUUUUUUUCUCUCCAAUAAAUAGUCUCUGAAACUGGCUGUUGUAGGAGGAGCUGAACGCAACGGAAAAAUGACGAUAUCAUCGAGCUUGCUCUUUGACCUGUGUAACAUUGUAUCAUUUAUAUAGUUUGAUAUAGUCUAGCAGUAGGAGAUAACCUUUAUCACCGACGGUUAAAUUUCGCUCAGUUGUAAGUUUGUUGGAAUGUCUUCGCCUGUCAUGAUGAGUGUGAUGAGGUGUUUUAGGUUUACUAGAGUCAGACUGUGGUCUGUGUACUCUACUGCACAAAAUCGGCAAGUAUUUGCUCAUAGCUGUCUCAGACGAUUGUCCACCAUGUCCCACACGGUGCCUCCGGUCCUCUCUGUUGUCCCCUCUCGGGCUCUGGUGGAUGAGAAGUUCAGGGUGCUGGUGGAGAAUCUGCCUCCAGGAGCUCCAGUAACACUUCACUCCCUGCACCAGUCUGAGGACAAGGACUACUGGGAGGCCUACGGACACUACAUCAGUGAUGAGAGAGGAGCCGUGUCCGUUGCAGAUGAUCUCAGUUUCGGGGGAACUUACAAAGGGAAAGAAGCCAUGGGUUUAUUGUGGAGUAUGCGUCCAGUCCCAGGCAGCCGUGACGGCCUCAGGUUGAGAAAGUCGGACGUCUGCACGCCCCUGCUGGUCAACAUCUCCGUCUACAGUGGACAUGUAACGGAGGGCUUCAGGGAGCAGAGUCCUCUGGCUUUGGCGAUCACAGAGAGAUGGUACAUGGCUCCAGGGGUCCAGAGGAUUGUUAUCAAAGAGGAAGGAGUAAAAGGGACCCUGUUUAUACCUCCAGGUCCAGGACCCUUCCCCGGCAUACUGGAUAUGUGGGGAGGCAGCGGAGGCCUGAUGGAGUAUCGUUCAUCCUUACUGGCGUCUCACGGUUACAUUUCUUUUGCACUGGAGUAUUUCAGCCCCGGUGAACUGAAGUCAGCAGACACAGAGUUCGAGUACUUUGAGAAAGCAUUUAAUAUCAUCCAGAAACAUCCUCAAGUGAUUCCGGACAGAGUCGGAGCUUUUGGUCUUUCCCUCGGAUCAGUUUUUACCAUCAUGUUGGCAGCUGAGAGCAACGUGAUCAAGCUUCAAUGUGGUGUUUGUGUCAGCGGGAAUCACCUUUAUCCACGUGAAUUGACCCUCAGAGGGGUCUUUCUAGUGUUGGCCAGCAAAUCUCACAAGAUACGCCACGAUGAGAACAACUAUGAGAUAUGGCGAGACAUGGGACUGGCAAUUGUCAACAAUCCAACAAAAGGGAAAGUGGACGUGGGUAAAAUAAACUGCCCGUUGAUGCUGUUGAACGGUGGUGAUGAUCAGAACUGGCCCACAGUGGAGGCUGCUGAGGAUAUGGCCCAGAUGUUGCGUGCGGUGGGGAAGGAGCACCUGCUGACCAGAGUCACCUACCCGGACGCUGGACACCUGAUCGAGCCGCCGUACUCGCCUCACUUCAGAGCCACGAAGUUCAUAAAGGACAUCACAAAAGAGAAAGUGAUUCUGCUGUGGGGAGGACAGACCAAACCACACGCAGACGCUCAGGAAGACGCCUGGAACAAGAUCUUGUCUUUUCUGCAGCAGCAUCUGUACUCCAACACAACUCCCAAAGCCAGGAUGUGAGAGAUUACUGAAAGCACAGCAGAAGAUGAAAACACGAAGUGCACCAUGGUAGCAACCUGUCAAUCAUAUGGGAGCCCCGCACUAAAGCAUACCCUGCUGUAUUGUCUAUUUUACUCUAAAUGGGACAAUAAUUUUAAAAAAUGAUCAUUUUGUAUUGAAGAAGACUUGAAACUAGCGAUUGAGACCAUAAACUCAUAAGGAGAAUAUUUACUGAGGUAAUAUCUCACGUAAGAAGUAGGGUCAUUUUUCUUUUGACUUUAAUUCAAUCACACUACUUUUUGCAGCCAGUGGAGUCGCCCCCUGCUGGCCAUUAAAAAGAAUGAAGGUUAACGGCACUUUCACAAUGUUCAUAACCAUAGACUGUAUAAAUAAUGGACGUAGUGACUGUGAUGUCCCCCAUUGGUUUGUGGACCGCCUGUUUAAGGCAUCGAGUUCAGCGUUACACUCGUUGCCAUCUUGUUUCCGAUACGGGGAGCAGACCAUAUCUGGACUGUGGAGGAGGAGAGGGAUCUGAUCACUGACUACAGCCUCUCUACACCUCAACCUGACUGAGAGAAGCUGCUGCUAAUUCAUGUUAGCAUUAACUGGGAUGUUAGUUUUGGCUAGCAAAAAGAAAAAAAAUGUUCGUUACUUACCUCAGAAAAAUAAACAGCGACUCCUUGGAGUGUCUGUCAGUCCAACCAAACGCUGAACAAGACAUUUUUAAUGAAUAAAACUUGCAUAUAAACAUUGAGUGAAACAUCAUUCAGUGAAAAUACAGUGUGAAAGGGUCAAAGUUGUGAGACCAAACCGCGAAACCUCUUUUUUGUAUAUCUCUAUAUAUGUGUAUAUAUAUAUAUGUUACGUCCUUGGGGUACGGUGUGUGUUUUUGGUUUUGUUUUGUUGGUGCCUCAGGACCGCAGCAGCGUCACUUGCUCCGCAAGAGGGAAUCCCCGCUGGGUGACGCCUCCACCGAAGGCCGGACCGAGUGUUCCCCUGGCUCCGCCCGCUGUCCGCUCGUUGGUCUGGCGUCCAAUCACGUGCCGCACCUGCCUCCAUCUCGGCCUUAAGAGCAGCUUCGCGGGGCUGUGGACGCCCUUCUUCUUUGUCUUUGCAUGGCUUUGUGUAAAGUGUGUCUCUUGGUUUGAUAAGAAGGUAUUUGAAAACCUAGUGUGGGUAUUGAGAAAUUGAGGCACUCGUGUGGUUUGACUGUUUAUUUAGUCUCACUAGUUUAUGGGUGGUUGCAUUGCUGUAUUUUUGUUUGUAUAGAGUAAGAGUAAGCGUAGUCAGCCAGAGUUCCUUUGUUUGUUGUGUUUUAAGUAAGAUAUUUUGGGGUGGGGGAAAUUGAGUUAGGAAGAUUGUUUUAGUUUGUUUGUUUUAUGAGUUGGCGCCACCCUUCGCCCUUUGUUCAUUGCCUCACAUUACAUCAACUUGUAUCUAGCCUGAAGAAGGUUCUCUUUUCGUUACCUUUGUUUUAUUUUGCUAUUACACAAUAAAAUCUGUAAUUGCUUGAGUACACCGGCGUUGUGUUGCUUCCCUUUCCCCUAGACCCCAACUGGGUUGUAACAAUAUACAUAUAUAUAUAUAUAUAUAUAUAUAUAUAACUUUAUUGACACGUUGCCGUGGAUACACAUUGUUCUGCUUCUCUCCUGGUGACGGCUCGCCUUGCUAGCCACCUGUCAAUCAAAGGUAGCCACGCCCCAAAUCAUACGAUUCUUUAUCUUAUAUUUUCUUCUAAAUGGGGCCAUUAUUUGAACGAUUAUCAAAUUGUCUUGAAGAUUUUUUAUUAGCGGUUGAGACCAUAGUGUUGUCCUAAAAAAAAUUCUGAGGUAAUAAAUCAAGUGAGAAGUUUUCUCAUUUUGUAUCGAAAUGAAUGGACCAAAAUGCUUCUGCAACCUUCGUCAGAGUGUGUUUGUGUUUGGGCCACCAAACUAUCAUGUUCAUUGGUUCAAUGUGUUGACCAUGUGCCUUCACUCUGAUUAUUUGAAAUGCAGUUUUAAUGAGCACGUUAGGUUGCUCAUUUUGGUUAAAUUCUUCCUCUAGUUUCAUUAUUUUGUGACCACAAAGCCAUUAAUUAUUCAGAUCAAGCUUCAGUGAAAGUUAUAUUUAUGUAAGUUGUGGAUGUCUGGAAAGUAUGUCAGGAAAUGUAUUUUAUUGUACAUAGUAUGUAUUUUAUAUGAUUAUGUAAAAAUGAUUAAUGAUGAAUUAAAGUGCUUCAUUUUGUAAAAUCAUGGUUGAUGCACUAAUUAAAUUAAUCAACUUUCAAA